AUGUUGUUCCUUAACAAUCUUUUACUUUUCACUACUGCAGCUUUAGCUGUUAACGUGAUUAUAUUCAUUGUCGAUGACGACCAUAACUGUCCUGCAAAUGAAACUGUUCUUGUUUGCAAUGACAUUGACCUUGGGAUUUGCUGUACCAGCACUGAUUUUACGGACUUUCCCACUUUGCAAGUCGCUGGGCUUAGUACUGUACCAAACGCCGGCAACGUUGCUAUUGCAUUCUCGCAAUCAGGAGAUAAUAGAUGUGGCGUUUCUUGUGAUACCGCUUUUGCCGAAAACAACGCCUGUUUGUCUUGCGUUGUCAACGAUGCUGAUACUAUUAGUGGCGGAGGUUGGAAUAUUCUUCCGCGGGGAGAUGAAUCUACGGAGUCGCUAUCUGUCUGCACAGGUUCUGUAGAGCCUGACGAGCUCAAAUACCAAGGCCGCUCGUACAAUAUUUAUCAUGACGUUCCUGCAAGUAUCAGCGCUCAACUCGUCGAUCUGGUCAGGAAGAACGUCGACGUUGCCGAUUUCCCAGCGCACUUGUCUCAAUAUGAAAAGAAAGCCUAA